CUGUUGACGUGUGGUGCGCUGGGCUGACGUCACGGCGACGACGUCUAUAUAAGCGUGGGCGCGGCGUGACUCGCCCUUUUCGGUCGGUGCUGCAGGGGCGCCGGGUGUGCGACUUUAUAUAACAAUGAGGCUCUACCGGUGCAUCAUUUCGGGAGAUGAAAUGUUCUCCGACAUCUACAAGAUCCGCGAGGACCCGAAGGGUAUGUUCUACGAGGUGGAGGGCAAGCAUGUUACCAGAACAGAAAAAGGGAUUGAUGACAAUUUAAUUGGAGGUAAUGCUUCCCAAGAAGCCCCAACUGAAUAUGCUGAGGAGUCAACUUGCAGUGGUGUGGACAUUGUGUUGAAUCAUCAUCUCAAGGAAGUUACUUUCAACAGACAAACCUACAUGACCUACAUAAAGGAUUACAUGAAAAUCCUAAAAGGAAAUGUUCAACGAGACAACCCAGAAGCACUGGACGAAUUUACUGUGAAUGCUAAGGCAGUCGUUGGCGAGAUUUUAAAAAAGAUUAACCAGUAUAAGUUUUUUACAGGUGAGAGUAUGGACCCUGAUGCCAUGGUUGGACUACUAAAUUACCGCAGUGAUGAUACUCCAUAUAUGCUUUUCUUCAAAAAGGGUUUGAACGUUGAGAAAUGUUAAAUCUGCCUACAAUUCAUCAUGUUGAAUUCAUCAAAUCAUAAUGACCUAAUGUUCAUAUUACCUGCAAUAAACUCUGAACUGGUAUCACUGAGCUGAUUCAUUAUUGGAAAUGAACAUUGUUUUACCUGUUGAGUUGUAAUAAAGUGCAUUAUUCCCCCUAA